AUGCCCACUUGUCAGAGAUGUGAAGAACCAGCGGUUCUUACCUCCAGAAAGCAACCUUUUUGCAAAGACUGUUUUAUCAAAUUUAUCAGGGGAAAGCAAAGGAAAGUGGUUCAGAGUUUGAAUAUCAAAGAUAAGAUCGUUGAUGUAUUAGUUCCUAUCAGUUUUGAUCUCUCCAACACAAGUUACGUGAGCUUCAAUAACGCCAUCGUUCUAUUGGAUAUUCUCAUCAACUUUUCCAAGUCGUUAUAUAAAAGUUAUUUCAAAAUUACCAUGCUAUUUCUCGUCACUGCAGAAAGCCUGGCCAACAUCAAAUCGUUCUAUACCACCCUCAAGGAAAGAUACCAAUUCACCAAUAUAGAUAUCAAGAUCUUGGAUCUUAUGGCCUUUAUAAGAAACAAUGAAUCGUUAUACAAUAUAAAUGUUCAUAAUAAUAGAGCGACAAGCUUUCCAAGUGUUCACAAGUUUGAAAGUUUCGAAGAUUACAUUUCGUCCAUCACCAAUACAUCUACAAGGGAAGACUUACUUUUCAAUAUCCACUGGACUGUCAUCAAAAUAUUCGCAUACCUUCACAAUUUCCCCACCGUAUUAUACAGUAAUUCUAUGGGGAAUAUUGCCACGAAAAUUUUGUCAAACAUUGUUAAAGGUAAAGGGAUUGAAAUAUCACAAAUUUUGGAAGAAUCCCAAACAUUGGAAAUUGCUGAUGAUGAAAAGAAGCAGUUCAGUUUUCAGGCAUUUUAUCCUCUCAAAGAUGUCUUGAACACCGAAAUAUUUCAAUACAUCAAGCUCCUAAACCUCACAGAUCUCUUACCAUCAGAUUUGCAGCGACAAUACGAAAUCAUCAAUGAUGAGGAGACUGGCAGCAACAACAAAAUCCUCAAUGUGAAGACUGCUACCCUCAAUCAGCUUAUAAAUGAAUACUUCAACGAUUUGGAGAAAAACGGAUACUCCACAAUUGUCUCGACGGUUGUAUCGACGGGUUCGAAAUUGGCGAUACCUAAAGGCGAACUCAAGGAGUGUCCAUUAUGUGGAUUCAAAAUGCCUGGUGGGGCAAGCAAAUGGUUAGACCAUAUCACUGUCAACUCACCUUGUGAAGAUGGGGAAUCACCAUCACCGUCAUCAUCGGAAAACCACAACCCGCAAUUAUCAGGCAACCCAUUGGAUAUUUGUUAUGGCUGUCUUGUUUCCUUUGAUACUGCCGGUGAGAAAUUUUCCUGGCCGAUCGCUGAGCCUGUUUCUAUGAGCGAGAAAGAGAUCUUGAAUGAAUAUAUUAUAUCUGAUGAUGAUGACGAAUAG